GCCCAAUAAAGUCACGCACACAGAGACACAGCAGGCCAAGAGAGAGAAAGAGAGAGAGCGGUAGAGAGAGAAAACGGAAGGGAUUAGGGCAAAAGUCACGUGCUGUCACCUCUCGCUGCUGCCGUGCGGCUGGUGAAGGCUAGGGUUGAACGCGAGCCUGCUGAGAUCGUUGAAAGGGUGGAAUCAAUCGAUCACGGCUAGGUUUGGAUUGACGAACCUCUUCGUUUCGCCCUCUCUCAUGAGAGGUCUCCCGGCGAGCUCCCUGCGCUCUGAGCCGAUUUGAGCCCUCGGGUCGUGUGUUUUGCGGUAUAUAUUGGUCGGAUUUGUCGGUUCUGUGGCGGUUUUGUGCGUGCGACGCGUUUUUUGAUGGACGAGAGCUGGGAGAGGGCGGUGGAGGCUGCUCUUGAAGGCCAAACGGACCCCGCCGGCGUCCGGACCCUCACCCUGGACGGCGCUGUCAAGUGCCCCCAUGGCCGACUGCCGCCGCCGAGUGUGCUGGAGAAGUUCCAGAACCUUCAGCACCUGUCGAUCGCCAACAUCGGGGUCUCCUCCCUAGAGCAGUUCCCGCGGCUCCGGGGCCUGCAGAAGCUGAUACUUUCGGAUAAUCGUAUAGCUAACGGCCUCGAGAAACUCGUGGAAGCAGGUCUUGAUUCUCUCCGUGACCUCGACCUGUCAAAUAAUAGGAUCCAGUAUAUUGAGGAUCUGGCCCCGCUUGCGCAGCUCAGGCUUGUCUCGCUCGAUCUUUAUGAAUGUCCUGUCACCAGGGUUAAGGAUUAUAGAUCUAGGGUUUUUGGUUUGAUUAAGUCGCUGAAGUACUUAGAUAAGAUGGAUGCUGAGGAGAACGAGAGGCCGGAGUCUGAUGAAGAGGAGGAAGAUGAUGAGGAGGAGGAGGAAGAGGAUGAUCCUGGGAGUGGUGAAAUCGAUGGAGAUGAACGGCCAUAUGGAAUGAAUAAUGGACAUAGUGAGGGAGUUGAAGGGAUUGUAGAUGUCGAUGAGGAUGAGGAUGAGGAGAGUGAUGCAGAUGAGGAGGAGACAGAAUCAGGUAGGGGUAGAGUAAAUGGAUCUAACCAUGAGGCAAAUGGUUUUCGGAUUGGAGCAGUGGGUGGCGGAGAGAUUGGUGAGGAUGUUGAGGAAGAUGGGGAGGAUGAGGAUGAGAGCGAUUCAGGGGAAGAGGUUGAUGAUGAUGAGGCGGAUUCUGAUGAUGACGAUGUUGUAGAGGUUCAUGAGAUAGAGGACAGUGAUGAUGAGGAAGAUGGUGUUGAGGACGAUGAUGAGGAUGAAGAUGAUGAUGAGGACGAAGAGGAGGUGGAUAAUGAAGAGGGUGGAAUUGGUGGACCUCAGCGUCAGGGGCGGUUGUUGAGUAUGGAAGGCGAGAUUGAUGGGCAUGAGCAAGGAGAGGACGAUGAGGAUGAGGACGAUGAUGGAGAGACUGGGGAAGAGGAGCACGAUGCUGAUGAACCUGCGGAGUUUAAAGUGGAUGAUGAUGAUGAGGAAGAGGAAGAAGAUUACGGUGCUGGCUACUUGGUCCAACCAGUGGGUCAGGUUGAGCAAGAAGAUGCAGCAGGGGGCAAUGACAUGGACCCAGGAAACGAGGACGAAGAGCAUGAAGAAGAAGAGGAGGAGGAGGAAGAGGAGGUAGACGACGAGGAGGAUCUCCAGGUGGAUCCUCCUUCCACUUCAUUCCUCAAGAGGAAAAGAGACGACUCGGGCGAGGAAGACAAGGAAGACGACGAAGAUGUGAUCGAGUUUGCGAAGUCGUCGAAGAAGCAUCACUGAUGCAGAGGCCGCCUCGACGCUCGUCCUCCCGACCACUUUACCACUCUUUAACAGGGGUUGUGAUUUUGAUGAGGUUGAUAGUUGUUGAGAGGCAGAAGGUGGCAGUGGAGGAAGAAAGAAAGAGAGAGAGGGAGAGGGUGAGCUGGGGGGAGGAAGGUAGUGUCCCGUUGGGGGUGGGUUUAUGUGGGGGGGAGAGGAUCUGUUUGUUCAAAAAGUCGUUAGGAUGAGAGGAUUGUCAGUCAGGUGUCUUUUGGCAAGAGUACACUGGAUGAAGAAGCCCUUUGGUGUUUUUUUUUUUUUUAGGUUAGCCGUUGGCCUCUCUUUGUUUUCAUUUCAAAUGGCAGUUGAGGGGAAUACUUUGCUUUCUUAGUUUUACCGCCAAAUUCCAUCCAUCGACCCUCCCUCCCCUGCUCCCUUUGUUGCCCUGCGAGUCCUGAGGAAAUGGAGGGAAAACCAAAUGGGAGGGAAAAAAAAAAAAAAAAAGAGAGAGAACCAAAAAAGAGAAGAGGGAAGAAAAAAGAAAACAUUUUAUUAUAUAUAUAAAUCUUGGGGUUUUUUUUUUUUUUUUUUUCUCUUGAGGUAGCUUAGCUCUUGGGAUGUAAAACGACCGUGUAGAUAUAAAUUUUUUUUUUAAUAUCU